CCUCUUCAUAUGUGUACUUGUAAUCUAUGAAAAUGUUUAGUAUAUGAUAUAACAUUUUUUUAAAAAGUCAUAAAUAAAUGAGUUGCAAUUCCUAAGAAUAAUUAUUCACUUUGGAUAUGCUGCUAAAUGAAAAACAGUAUGUCAGCAAAACUUGCUGUUAUGGCGUGCUGAGUUGACUAUAGUGGAAGAUUGCCCUGAUUUUAUGUAUUUACUAUUCAUAACUUAAUUUUAGCACUUUCAAACCAAAGUAUUUCAGUAGAUUUACUGUUGAUAUUAGACUUGGAGAAUGUUAUUUCUGUUUCCUUAUUCUGCUUCCUUUUGCAUUUACGGUUAUGUGCAUAUGUUAAUGUGUGUACAAACAUACCCCUGCACUCACUGAGUCUUUGGAGCUUCCAGGGAAUAAAACCAUGAGAUAUAUGCUGUGUCGUGUCUCUGAGCAGAUGAUGGAAAAGUUCAAGAUGACUUGUAGUGAUCUCAUUAUGGACAAAGAAGCAGUGGAGGGUGUGUCUGUAGGAGCUAUUCUUUCUGACUACCAGAGAGUUCGAGUUGAAGAUGUAUGCAGAAGACUUAAUCUUCAACCUUUAGCUUACCUUUGGCGUCGGAGGGAGGAAAUACUGCUUAAAGAAAUGAUAUCAUCUAACAUUGAAGCCAUAAUCAUAAAAGUGGCAGCUUUUGGUUUAGAUCCAGAUAAGCAUCUUGGAAAAACAUUGGAUCAAAUGGAGCCUUAUCUUUUGGAGGUUUCUGAGAAAUAUGGUGUCCACAUUUGCGGAGAAGGUGGAGAAUAUGAAACAUUCACUCUGGACUGCCCUCUAUUUAAGAAGAAAAUAGUUGUAGAUUCUGCAAAAGUGGUUAUGCAUUCAGCUGAUGCAUUUGCACCUGUGGCCUACCUUCAUUUUCUGGAAAUGCACCUGGAGGAUAAGGAGAAAUCUUCAGAUACAUUUAUGGGCAGUAGCUGCUCUUGUGAAGUAAUCUGCAACAACAGUGAUAGUUUAUCUUCUUUAGAACCGGAUGAGCAACAGAAUAUCAGUCCAAUCAUCUGGAAGGCUUUGAAACAUAAUUCUUUGGAUUUCAGUAAGACAUUCGGAAGUUCAGGGAAAUCUGUGACUGGUUACCAGUGGUUUUCAUGCAUCACUGCACACUUUCAUCCAUUAAAAGACAAAAAUGCUCAAGAGGCAGCAAGGGAAGCAUUUUCGGCUCUCCAAGCAAGUAUAACUUCAGAGGGAUUAAAACUGAAGGAUAUUAUUUUAGUUCAUCUGUAUAUGAAGAGCAUGAAAGAUUUCAAUGCUAUAAAUUCAGUUUAUGUGACAGAAUUUGAUUUGUGUCCACCAGCAAGAGUGUGUGUGGAAACCCUGUUGCCUGAUGGAGUAUUGUUUUGCAUUGAUUGCCUUGCACAUAGCUGUGACAUUGCAACAGAUGACGUAUUAAGUGAGGAAAAACUGGUCAUGCAUGUACAGAGUAUUUCCCACUGGGCACCUGCUAGCAUAGGACCUUACAGUCAAUCCAUCAAGGUUGGAGAUAUUCUCUACUGUGCUGGACAGAUUGGCCUAGUACCGUGUACUAUGCAGCUUGUUAGUGGUGGUGUGUGGACUGAGGCCACAGUUGCUCUUAGUCAUGUUGAGAAAGUCCUCCAGGCUAUGAGCCAGAAGACUACGCUACUCCAUGUGAUCACAGUGAUCUGCUAUGUAACCGACAGCAAACACAUUCCUGUUGCUCAUUCUAUUUGGAAGAAGAAAUUAAGAGAUUGUAAAAAGGUUGACGAUCCAGAAGCAUAUAGUGAAGUAGCUGCAGAGUGUGGGAUGCUUGCUGUGGUCGUUGUAACUAACUUACCUAGAGAUGCUGCCAUUGAAUGGCAUGUUACUGCAGUAGUUGAUGACCCACUCCACAGAAAACAUUUUGCAAAGAAGAUGUUAUCAGAGGGCUUCCAAAUUGAUUGUGAGUCUGUGAAGUCCAGUUCUGCAUCUUGUGCAUCAGUCUCUGUACGCCUGAGCUUGAUUUUACCUCCUACUUCUCAGCUUGAUUUAGAUGGACCUCUUCAUGACUUAGUUUCUAUGUUUGGACAAGCUGUUGAGAAACUUUCAGAAGAUUGCAGUGCAAGUCCUUUGUCGUUUAGAGCUUUCUUCAAGAAGGAUGUCUUUGAUAUGGGAAUGUUACAAUCAGGGCUACAAGAAAACCUUGAAAAGUGCUUGGGCAAGAAGACCCCAGCUCUGAUUUUAGUACCUGUGGUGGAUUUACCUGGCAAAGAAGUUAUUCAUAUAACAUGCUGGCUAAGCUAGCAGCUUAAAAGAAAUGAGCUGAUAUCAAAACACACAUUCAUCCAAGAAAGAACAAAGAAUUGAUCAUGACUGUGUUGGAUACUUUCCUUAAGAAAUGUUGUUUGAUUUAAGCGAAGUCAUAUUUAGCUUGUUAAUGAUGCCCCAUGAUAUGUGACAGAGUCAGCUUUGUAUGAACAAUAAAGGUUUCUUUUCAAAA